CAUGUGGCUCAUCGAAGCCGCUGGAAGCAGCAGAGUGAGCGGUCAGCGUUCCUCUCACAGGGACGGGAGCCCGGCGGGGCUUUGGGGCUCUGUAGUUCUUUGGGGACGAUGGCGGGCGGCUGUGGGGAUGAAGAUCUGUUCGACAACAUCCUUUUGGCGGAUGAAAGGUUCCGAGGGGAGGGGUACCAGGAGGGCUUCCACAGAGGCCGCCGGCGAGGCCUGCAGGAGGGCCGCAGACACGGGGCCUCCCACGGGGCCAAGCUGUCCACUGAGAUUUCCUUUUAUUACGGCUUCGCCGUCACAUGGAGAUGUCUCCUCCGUCAUCACGUGGAUGUCAGAUCCAGGAAGCGCAUGAAGGCGCUGGAGGCUCUGCUGGCUCUGAUCCACAACUCCCCUCAUGAUGAUCCUCAGUCUGCGCUGCUCCAAGAGCACACGGAGAAGCUUCGUGCCAAGUUCAGACAGGUGUGCUCCAUGCUGAGUGUCCCCACCGACUUCAGCGAUUACACCAGAACUCCUGCUGGCACUUCUUUCUGAAGGCCUCGUGAUGAGGAGGCGCUGAUCCGAACACCUACUUCCUGCCUCAGAGAGGGAGGCGGGGCUCCGGUCAGACGGCAGCCCUGAGGUCGCCCCCCCCCCCCCCAGCGACUGAUUGGUCUGCAGUGGUUUGUGAGAGCGGUGACUCUGAAGGUGUGAUGCUCCACGGCCCAUGUUGAACGGGACGACCUGAGGAGACGGCUGCAGUCACUCUGUCUGGUCCUCGGCCCAGAAGCACCUCACACACAUUGGGGGGCAUUGAGUGUCUCCUGGUAGACAAGUGGAUUUAUUGCAGUGUAUUCUAGGCACAGCAGCAAACAUGUCAAA